CUGGUUUGUUUCAGUUUGUUGCUGUCCUUCGAUCGUGUCGGACGUGUUUCAAUUCAGAGUUCCAAACUUUUGUCACUAUUACCAGACCUGGAGAUAAAAAUUUUAAAAAUCGGAGAAAACGUCUGAAUCCAAAAUGUCCAACUUCGAGUAUUAUCUGCAAGAUAUUGCCGCCGACAUUUCAAGUCCGAAUGAUAGCGAUAAUUUUGAUGACUUUAUGGAGGUAAAGAAUUACGUGCUGCAAAAAAUGCGCAAGGAGGAUUCAUACUUUGACGAGAUCUGUCAGAACGAUAUUCUCUUCGGCAGCGCAGCUCACAAUAUACGUCUGCACAACGACGAUGAGUACGAUGUGCUGAUGGAGCUGCGCUUUCCGGCUCACAAGCGCAUCAUUCAAGUGGAGAACAAAAAUCGUCCUGGCUUUGUGUUCUUGGAUUUCUCUGAAGCCAGUUACGACGACAAGGUGACCUAUGAGUUGGCUAACAAUCAGAAAAGCUACUUGAAUCGAAGCUUACUCAAGAAAUGGCUGCAUAAUAUCUUCAAGGCUGCCAUGUCUAAUUAUUACAAUGUCGUCUAUUCCGGCUUUGAGCAGUAUGAACUGAGUUAUUCGUGGCGUGGCAUUACCUAUACCAUUUAUGCGGAAUCGGAGUCGCGCUCUUUCUCCAUUGACUUUGUGCCAGCCGUGAAGAUUGAGCGGCCGAAUUCCAAGACUUGGUAUGCCAUCCCCAAGGAGAAGUCCGGACCCGGCAACACGGCCAACUUUACAUACAUGAUUAGCAAUUCACAGGCAGAACUGCAGCAUGUGAAAAAUUGUGGUUGUGCGAUGCAAGAUGCACUUCGUCUCAUGCAGGCUCUACGCAGUUCGAGGGGUUUGCAGAAGCUACGAUGCUAUCACAUGGUCACCGUUGCCAUUUGGAUGGCCAGGCGUUUGGGUCACAAGACUGUGCAAAACAUGUCAGUCACUCAGACUUUUCUUUCAUUGCUGUCGGAUUUGUGCGAUGCUUUUAUAGAGAGACAUCUGUCCUAUGUUUGGGACUCAGAUAUGAAUCUCCUUAGCAACUUCAACUCGGGAGAGUUGUCUCAUUACUCGAAUGAACUGUGCAGUGCCUUCAACACUCUCAAGUCGUAUCCAUAUCAAUCAACGCUGAGCUAUCGUCGUUGCCAACAACACUUCAUUUAAAGCAUAUGAUUCGAAUUGCAAAAUUACAUUUUUAACCAUGAAUUCAAAUUAUUUAGUUGCUUGUCUGGUGGAUUCUUUGUAUUGAUUUACUCUAUGUAUUUGAAAUAGUAAAAACGGUCAAUGCUAUAAUUUGCUUAAAAUUAAAAAUCCAACUGUAUCAUUGA